AUGCCGCCCGCCAUGGCUUCAAGUCAGCUCGAGAUGACUAUCUCUGUCUUCUCACCCCGCCUCACAAACAUGAGCAGUUCACACAAUAUUGUCAUUGGGGCAGGAGCUGGAUGGAGUGUUGGUGCUUGGAACGUGAUCUUAAGACGAUCAGUAAGUUUUCAUGAGGAGUCUGUCCUCAUAGGAGACAAGUACGACUUUGAUGUGGUCUUCUCAACAGAGGCAGAGUCACUCAGGAGAACUCCUGCUCCUGCCCCUGUAUGCGUUAUCAAGCCAAAAUCGGUGCCGCAGCCCAACUCUGCGUCCAGGGAGAAGAGCCUCAUCUCUUUGCUACUCAAGGAUCCUAGCUCGGUCGACGUCUGCUUCAUCUCCACCCACGAUAAGUUGUGCUCCAGCAUUGGUCUCUGGGCUCAUCGUUUUGUUCUCUCACAGCAUGCGUCCUUUGCCAAGGCGAUUCAAGAUGCCAUCACGGUUCAGUCACUUAGCAACAUAGUUAUAACUGACACAAAGUCUGCUGAGGAUGUCGAUUCUGAUUUGGAGUCUACGAGCAACCUCUCCGUCGACACUGCUAUUACUGAGGCAGGGGCGGUACGAGGAAUGUCCGUUGGCGCCGCUUCCAAGGAGCUUUUUAUCAAGGUUGACACCAUCUCCCUGGCUACCAUCUGCGUGGUGUUGUAUUACAUCUACAUCGGCGAGAUUAACCGUACUGUUGACGCGACGCGCUUUGUUUUGAGUGACACCAACAAGGUCUCUUUGGUUUGGCGAGACUCUGCCGGCAAGGUUGAAGAUUCCGUUAACUGGCGCCCCCUGGGUCAAGACUCGCCCUGGCGCCUCAAAGAUGUUACCUGGAACGAGCUCAGGGGUGCCGCUGUUCAUUUUGGACUCAAGGACCUUCAAGUCAUCGCCGAGCUCAAUCUUUCUUCUUUAAACUCCCACAGCAGCAUCCAAACAACAUCUACGGCAGUAUCCACAACACCAUCUACGGCAACAGCAACAUCUACAUCUACAUCUACAUCGACUACAUCCACAACCUCAUAUACAACAACACCCACUGCAACAUCUACUCACAGACCCCGGCUUGGUCGCAAACCCAACACGUCGUAG